AUGCCUGGAAUGCACGAACGUAUCCGCGAAGACAUCCUCCACAAAGAGCGCGAACUCUGGACAGCCCUCACAUCCGCCGAUCCAGCACCUCCCAUCUGGAAACUUAGCAACCCUGAAGCCUGUUUCCUAUUCCCUCAGAAGGAAAUCAUCACCCUCGAGGACGAAGAAGCGUUCAAGAAAGCCGUGCGACCACCCUUCCACCGAUUCGAUGCCUACCAGUUCGAGGAGGUACGAGUUAUCAUCGUCGAUUUGAUGGCCGGCGUCGUUACAUACAAGGUCCGUGCUAAGCGCGGGAAGAAAGAAUACAUCUGUUCGGGCUCGACGACUUGGAGUCAAGGUUCGGAUGGCGAGUGGACGCUUGCAUGUCAUCAGGAAACCUUACUAUGA